GGUUUCUUCCAUUUCCUGUAGACGCAGCAAGGAGUGUAGAGGCUGCCGUUGAAGCUACAGUUUUAACAGAACCCGCCAAUUAACGACAAAGCCGGGCAUGCUCUAUGGAUAUUUUUUCACCGUCUAAUUUUCACAGUCUGUUUACCCACAAAGGCCGAAGACAGCAGUGAACCCAGUCUGAGAGAAGCCAUCCAGUGUGUCCUUCACGUCACGUGCUUGUCUUGCAUCUGUCAUGUCCUUGUUCUGCUCGCCAGUGUUCUGAUGAACAAUUUUUAAAGAAGCUCACUUCUGUAUGAAAGCAAAAUCUCCAGAUCGCGCCUGUGAUCACGAAUGGCAACCAUCAGUGCCACCAGAAGGCGACAGCUACUAGCAGCUGAUUACGACCAGAAGGUAGAUCAACGCGUGGCCAAGCACGAGUGCCUCAGAAAUCGCAACAACUCGACCUAUUGCCGUAGCCCUGGGCGACAGAACGAGGCAGAGAGGCAAAAGACUGAACUGCAGAAGAAAAGACACCUGGAGUUUCUAAAGAGGCGUAAAAUUGAUGACACGGAGACUCCGCUAGUAUCCGAGGGGGUGAAAAGCACGGAGCCCAAAGUAUCGCUGCGGACACACCUGCACCGGCCACCUCCGUUAAACAGACGCUCCAUUGUAACGGCACAAGACCUGGGAAUCUUCUGGCCUGACGUCCGUUCCGUUGAACAGACCAGCACGUGGGUGACUCCAGUUGCAUCCCAAAGGAGUGAGAAGUGGACUGGAAGACAGCAAGCUCCUAACCCCGCCCCACUGUCCAGUAACCCCACCCCACUCACCUUCCCUCUGCUGCUGGAGACCGUGGACCUACAGAAGAGAGAUAGAGGAGUCCAGACGUCCAGCAGUCGGCACACACAAGACACAAGUGCACAAACCCAGUCGGGUCUUAUAACGCUUAAGGAAUCGGAUCUUCAAAAACUGGCUGACUACCUACAGGAGGCCCUCCGUAGGGAGGAGUGUCUGAAACAGAAGCUGGCUCUCCUCCAACACCACGCCUCCUCACUGCUGCAGUCUUCAGACAAGCUGUGGACGUCUCGCUGCGAUGAGGAUCUGAUGAAGAGCAGGAUCGGGGUGCUGGAGUCACAGCUGCAGAUCUGCACACAGAAGCUCUCCCGGGAUGGAGUGAAGAAGCUGGUGCUGCAGAUGGAGGAGCAGAGGCGGGGGUACGAGCAGAAGGCUCUGCUGGCGCUCCAGAGAGCCACGGAGGAGAAGAACCAGGCGGAGGAACGGGCGGAGAGCCUGCAGGUGGCGCUGCAGGAAGCGAGGAAGGAGUCUGUCCUGUGGAAGGGUCUGUAUGAGGAACUGAAGGAGAGCUGUGGCCUGCUGAGAAGCAACCAGGAGCAAAGCACUGACCUGCUGCAGCAGCAGCAGAACCAACUGGAGAUGGCCGUGGGGCAGGAGGCGGACCUCAGGGACCAGCUGGGGGCACUGCAGCAUGACAGUGCAGAGCUGCGCGCCCACAUCGCCUUCCUGGAACAAGACAACCAGGUCAAGCUUGAGCAGCUGCAGGAAAUGAGAGAGAAACUUUGGCAUUUUGAGGACCCCAGUUUAACCGGAAACUUCUUUCAAAACUCGAACCGUGGGACGCUGGGCUCAGUCGCGCAGCUGCGUGUGUCUGAUGGGAGGCCAGCGGCGGAGCUGCUGCAUCAACAUGGAGCCCAGCUCCAGGAGGCCCUGGAGAAGCUGGGGAUGAAGGAGAAGGAGUGUGUGGAGCUGCGGGCGGAGCUUGAAGCCAUGGAACAUGAGUGCCACUCCUGCCAGUCCCGCCUGGCACAGUGCCGGGAGGAGCUGAGGCAGUUGAACGUCCGCAGGAGCAAGAGGCGCUGUAGCUCCUGGCUGGGCGUGGCUCUGCUGCUGUUGCUGGUGGUGGUGUCAGUGGCCCUGGUGUGCGUCUACCACCCCCCAUUGAGCGACAGCCUCCAGGACCUGUACCAAGUCCUACAGCAGCGCUUAGAGCAGUACCUCCACCAGAUGGCCUCUCCAGAACUCUCCGGAUGCUACCGGCCCAUCUGAGGGGGAAACACGGGAAGACCAGGAGGGAGAAAAUGAAUAAUUUUCCAGAUUUAAAAUCCAGAUUAAAAAAAACAACUUUUUGUUAAUUUAUUUUUACCUUAUUGUUUUUAAAUAGCAGAUGCAUUGUUACUUACUCAGGGAAAACUAGUCUGUGAACUUAGCCUCUACCUCUGAGGGCUCUUAAGUGCAGUAUACAAUGCUGGUAUACUAUAGACACAUUUAUUUUUGUGAAAGAAAUAAUCCGUUGCACACACAGACUCAUUUUGUUUCCUUAAUUUUUUGUUACUUGUCAAACAUACAUUUAUGAGUGAUUAUUUUAAGAUGGAUCUUCAUGAUAGUCAUCAGUACUUAAGCUCCAGCUGUUCAGCUGUUUUCGUAAAGGUAACUCAGGAAAAAUAAUAUUGUGUUUUGCCCAAAUACCCUUCACAGAUUUUAGUGUCGUUCACAAAUGAGUCGUACAUUAAUUAAUGCUGGCAUUUAGUGGGCAUGAUGUUGGCAUUUAUUGGGCAGUAUUAUGCAGUGUUUAUCCUUUGACGAAUAUGUGAUGCUUCUGUGAAUUUACUCUUUAACAGAGUUAUGUUUUUUUCACAGAUUUUUUUUAAAGCACUGAAAGCAAAGACUGACAUUGAGCGUGACUCCAAUCAGUGUACCGUGGCAGAGGCUUGGCAGAUGAGUUAUACUUCAGAAACAAAUGCAGUGCUUUAGCAGCGUUGCAUCAUUACUUCCACUAUACAAUCUCAGCAAAUGCAGGACAGAGUAUUGUCAUACCGUCAUAAUUCAUAAUUACUGUUGCAGUUAUAAGGUUUCAUAUUUUAUUAAUUGGAAAAAGAGUCACUAUUUGGUUUGUUACUUUUCAUAAAGGGCUUAAUUUGAACCUUUUUAUUUGGUAAAUAGUCAGUAUAACUCAUACCAUUAUAACAGAUGUGGAAAAAUGUGUAUGUUCACACCUGUACUAACUCGCCUUUAAAUAACCUCAAUAAAAUAAAUUAGAAAGUCCUUUCAGUACCCUGACAUUUUAACUGGUUGUCCUAUUGGACAAAAAGAUAAAAAUGUUAUGUUUUAUUGUGGACCAUGAUUGAACCAUAUCUUAGCUGGCAGAGUUAUCUACUGGCACACGUGAUUGAUUGGCUAGAAUGUUAAUGAUGGUAGCCAUGAAAUAUGAAAAAUACACAGUACAUAUCAUGAAACAUUAGAUAAAUGUGUGUACUAUGGAUUUAUAUUAAAUGUAUAUAUUUAUAUUUUAAUUAAACUAAUUAUUGACAUAAAGGAAUUGCUCAAGCCCCUGGCACGUCACUGAAUGUGCUCACCCAUUUAAUUGAUGCAAAUAAUAAAGAGGGAUGUAAAAACAUAAAAUGGAUGUGAGAUGUUUCAUGAAUUAGACUUUUGUGAUGAUAGACACAGUAACAAUGUGAAUCUCAAGUAUGCUGAAGUUUAUCUGUUGCAUAGAGCAAUAUAUACAAUUAAAACAA